GCAAACGCCAGGGCGUGCAUGUCAACUACAUCCGAAGCCAGCUCGAGGUGUCUGGUAUCUGGACUGAAGAGCACGCAGCAAAGCUCGAGUCCAUGUCCAAUCAGAUGAUCCCCGAAGAUGUGGCUGCUUGUUACGCUGGUAUGGUGGUUCAACUUCGACGCCGACGCGACGCCUUGCGCAUGAUCUCCACCCUCCAGGGUUUCUUGCUCAAGCCAGACCCCGAAUCGGAUGUGGAUGCUCUGGCUUGCGUGCAACAACUCGCAGGGCUUCUUACCAGCGACGAAGAAGAGCGUCGGGCGAGCCUCGCGCUGACAAUUGCCAAGAAUCUCAAGGAGGAUUGGACCCGACAGGCGGAAGGUGAGGUGGAGGUGUUUGUGAGCACAGGCAUCGAGCCUCUCGACGCUGCACUCCAUGGUGGCUUUCGCAACGGCGGCUACACCAUUGCCGGUCUCACCGGCCACGGCAAGACUACUUUCUCGCUCGCGACCAUGAACGGUUGGCUCGAUGCUCCCGGCGAAGCCAUGGUGCAAAUCUGGUCAGCGGAGAUGACGCAGCAAGAGACCGCCUACAGGCUUUUUGCUACACGCUUUGAGGGGUUAACCGAACAGGAUUUUCAGGACAACCCAUACGCUCGUGGCCUGAAGGCACAAGCCGAUGGCGCUGCGGACUGGCUGGGCUCCCAGAACAUCGAGAUCUUUCCACCAAGUACGCGCCUUGAUGUGCAACGCAUCAUGAACGAAGCGCGUGCUGCCAAGGCCAGGAAGCCUUCGGCGCGGUUGCUGCUCAUCAUCGAUUACCUUCAGUAUUGCCGAUGUCCCUGGCUAGAGCGGGAGGGGAAAUCUCGUCACAUCGAGGAGGCUGCCGAGACCCUCAACGCAUUUGCCAAGUCGAUGCCUGACACUACAGUGCUCCUGCUCACGCAAUACAAGCAAGAAGGCUUGAGGGAUCUCCCAGUGCCUGUGCAAGACCCCGAGCAAGCCAAGUGGGGUGCGUAUGAUCUCGGGUUCCUGGAUGCCGCCGAGCUUCUCGCCAGGCAGUUUGGACUCUCGGAAGGCGAUGUGCCAAGAGAGGUCCCGAAGUUGCGCAAGCGCGUGGCUACGGGUCACAAGGUUCGUCCAGAGCGCGUGGUUGCGUUGUUGGAGUACUUGCUUGGGCGCUUGGAGCUCGGAGAGCAAGGCGCAUCCUACCUCGAAGGAAGAGGGAUUUCUCGCCACCUCGCUGAAACCCUCAAAAUCAAGAGCAUCGAAGAUCCGAAGCGUUGGGAGAGCAUCGUAAACGGUCUCUCACCCGAUGAGAAAGCACAGUGUGGGUUGCUCUACAGCAACGGCAACAUCGCGCCAGCGCACGAUGGCCCGGCGAUCAUCAUUCCGUACUACACUGCUGCUCAGCAGCUUGAUUCCUUCCGGUUUCGCUUGCUCGGGGAGAAUCCCUGGGUGCGCUACUCGAGCCUCGUGGGCUUGCAACCCAACGUGCCUUUUCUGGCAGGGGAGAUCUCGAAGGCGCUCGAGUCUCGAGGGACACUCUACGUCACUGAAGCCGAGUUCGAUGCGGUGAGCAUCAUGACAACAGGUCGCUAUGCCUGCUCGAGUUCUGGCAGCUCCAUUUGGCGUGAUGCCUGGGUAGAGGGCUGGCACAAACUGGGGAAAGUGGUGGUGGUGGCCGAUGGUGAUGCAUCGGGGAAGGAGUUUGCUCAAAAGGUGCUCGAUUCGCUCGUGAGGGUGCAUGGGGAAUGGGCUCGCGCGAGGUUCGUGGCCAUUCAGUGUCCUGCAAAGGUAAAGGAUGCCAACGCCUUGCUCGAGUCUGGUGUUUUGGAUGCGAUCCUCGACGGCCGAACGGCCUGGUUGGAUGUCGAGGAGGCUCCCGUUGAUGUAACUCAACUCUCCGAGGAGGAGCGUGAAGACUAUGAGGAGAGGCUCGCCAUCAUGCUAGAGAGCGGCGAUGUGGACGAAGACGCAGCGAGGAAGCUCGCCGGAAGAUAUGCGAGGGUGUGA